GCCGUCGCCUGCCCUCUCUCUCUCUGGUUCGCUGCUUGCUUGCUUGCUUGCUUCUUCUUCUUCUUCUUCCUCACCGGUGCUCGGUGGCGGCUGCUCCUCUUCUUCUGAACCCCUGGCGAUCUCUUUGUGAUCGCCAAUCCAAUCUUUUCGUCCCCUACCGCAUCCGCUGCCAAGUUGAAGAAGGGAAAGAGUUGACAAUUUUUCACUUUACCGCUGUUUCUUGCCUAAUUUCGACUGGAUUGAUCAGCGAGCAGGACGGGAAUCAUUGCUGUGGUUUCACUUUAGUUGGUGGAAAGGGAAACUGCUCUAACCUCUCUCUCCUUCCCCGUAGGGAUGACAAAGUUCAGGAAGCUCGGUAGACCCACUGGUCACAGGAUGUCCAUGCUCAGGACAAUGGUUUCACAGUUGGUGAAGCACGAGCGGAUCGAAACCACUGUCGCCAAGGCAAAAGAGGUUAGGCGGCUCGCCGAUAAUAUGGUGCAGCUUGGGAAAGAGGGUUCCCUUUCUGCUGCUAGGCAUGCAGCUGCGUUUGUGCGAGGGGAUGACGUCCUUCACAAGCUGUUUACAGAGUUAGCUUAUAGAUACAAAGACAGAGCUGGGGGAUACACGAGACUUCUUCGAACCCGCAUCCGAGUUGGUGAUGCCGCUCCCAUGGCUUACAUUGAGUUCAUUGACAGAGAAAACGAACUUAGACAGUCGAAACCACCAGCACCUCAACUUCCGCAACGACCAUCCUUGGAUCCAUGGACAAGAUCCAGGCUGUGCAGGCAGUUUGCUCCACCAAAGGAGGAGAAAAGCUUGGGGCCGGAUUCAUGAUAUGCUUAGUUUUGUGCAUCAAAAUCAAUUUUGUCCCCAGAUAUUAUAUUAGGCGAAGGAAUUUUUCCCUUUAAUCUGUAAAAGAGGUAUUUGCUGACAGAUCUCUCACUACCUUGGUUUAAUGUUUUUAGGAUCUGUACGCAGACAUCCCUUCGGGUUUAUGUGUUGUUUGUGAUGAAUAAGAAAGAUUAGUCUAAGUAGGCUAUCUCCGCCGAGUCUAA